AUGUGGCAAGUUUUUAUCGCCAGAUAUUCAAAAAUACUUGUUAUGCCAUUUGUGGUGGUAAUUGGUGCAGUUGGUUAUUUUAUGGAACAAAAAUUUUCCACUCCAAAGAAAAUUCCAUACUUGGAUGCAUCAGUAAACGAAGGACGUGAAAAGCGACAAAUGGAAAUUGAAUUAGAUUCAGAGUAUGGUACUCCAAUGGAUAUUACAAAAAUUAAGAGUAAGAUAGUUCCCGAAUCAAGUUUAUUGUUGAAUACUGGUCGAAAAGGUUUGAUUGACAAUGAAAGCCGUUGUUAG